CUCACUGGUGCUGAAGUGUUCAGAUGGGCAGCUGUAAAAUCACCUGGAUCACUCAACAUUAUCUGUUACUACACAAUACACAGGAUUAAUAAAACAUCACCUCAUUCUCCUCCUGCCACAGUGACGGUUCGAGCUGAAACUGUAAUGUCCACUUCUGAAGCCACAACAUACACUACAACUGUGACCUCUACUGGAGAAGCUUUGGCAACAACCACACAAACUGAUCCAUUGCUUUAUUUCUGUCUGGACUCAUAGGAUUCAUCUGUCUGUACCGCUUGACCAGUUCUGCUGAUGUUCUCACAGAACUGAACUUGACCUCCUGCCAGAUGGAAACAACAUCUCUUUUAACUUCCUCUGUGUGCUCCUCAAAACAUGAAUGACCUGUUUAUGUUCUUCACUGCAUAUUAAAUCUAAUUUCUAUAGCCUAGUUUUUACUGCAUAUUAAAUCUAAUUUCUAUAGCCUAGUUUUUACACUUUUUUUAAUCAGCUAGUUUAAUAUACACGCACAUGCAAGUUCUAACAAAAAAGUUUAUAUUUUCACUGCAAUUGUUAUAGUCUGUCAAACAGUUGUCUGACCAAUAAACAAAUUAAUCAUUUGUGUGCUUUUAUAAUUUCCAUAUUAUUAAAUUUGAUAUCAUAAUCUAAUCUAUCUUCAAGUCUAAUAGCAGUAUUUUUGGCCUAUUUAAAUGUUACUUUUUAAAAAUUACCUUCUGUCUUCAGUAUAUGAGUUUGAGCACAAAAUGUGCCCCAGAUCUGCCUUCUGUUAACAUGAAUUUGAGUUGUACAUGUGGUCACAUGAUCUACAUUCAUAGAACUGACUGCACAAUGGAUAAAAAUGGCUUCCUGUGGUCUGAUGCCCUACUUCCUAAUUCCUCUAUUGUAUGUGUCGUUGCUUUUCUGACACUCGCUGUAAUGGAGUUGAUCGUUUUCAUAGUGAUUCAGCUCCUGAUGGAGGUUCAGUCCUACACAUCUCCUACUGUAAAAGUAUCUCCAGAUGUCAUAAGAGAGUCCAGCUCAGUGAAGAUCAACUGUGAGACACCAGCAGAUGUUCCUGUGAAUCAGUGUUACUUCUACAUAAACAGUGAGGAGAAGAAUGUAAAACCCAGUUGGAGAUGUGAGCUGGAUCUCACUGGUGCUGAAGUGUUCAGAUGGGCAGCUGUAAAAUCACCUGGAUCACUCAACAUUAUCUGUUACUACACAAUACAGGGGAUUGAUAAAACAUUCAAUCAUUCUCCUCCUGCCACAGUGACGGUUCGAGCUUUACCUGUAAUGUCCACUUCUGAAGCCACAACAUACACUACAACUGUGACCUCUACUGGAGAAGCUUUGGCAACAACCACACAAACUGUUUCAACAGAAACAUCCACUCAGAAAGAUUCGCAAAUAGACACAUUUUCAGCAACAAUAGCUGUCACUUUCACAACAGCAUCACCCAGAACAGGCACAUGGUUUAUAGUGCUGGUUUCCACUGGUGUUGCUGUAUUCUUGUCUGGACUCACGGGACUCAUCUGUCUGUGCUGGUUUGCAAGUCAAAAAAGGAGAAAACUAUUAAUAAAAACAGAAGUGCCCAGUCAAGGAAUUGCUAUGAGUUGUUCUGAACCUGCAGAGAUAUAUUCUCUAAUCACUUCUGUACCAGAAACAACUCAGCCCAUAUCUGGAGACCUCGAACACCCAGAAUCACAUCAGGACAGCACAGCAGAUCCCACAGACACUCAAUCUUUCAUUAUGUCUGUAAAUUCAAUAUACCAGCCAUCAGAUGUUUUGGUCAACAAACAGAAACAGGGAAAUGCAGAGGAAAAUGAGAAUGUUUAUCACCUGUACUCCAUGAUCCCUGACCAACCAGUUCACUCAAACGCAGAAGAUCACGUGUACAGUCUGGUGAAGAUGCACUGAUGAAUCUCAUGUCUGUGUUCAUUAAGUAUAGCGACUAUAAAUAACAUGUCUUUACUUUCAGACAAAGCAGUAGUUGUUUAUUUUUUUAUUAUUCAGUUUUUAAUGUGGAAUAUACUGUGACUUCAUUGAAUAUCUAGAGCAUCUUCUUUGGCAGUCCAACUGGUACAGUACUACUAGUGGAGCUUGGGCAUUCAAUAAGACUGGAACUAAAAUUUUAAUGAUAAAUCAAAAUGUUUUAUUUCUUUUCUUAUGAAAUUGAACCAUCUGAAGGUUUGAACCAAAUAUUUUUUUCUUAUUGGUUUUCUGUAUUUAAAAAAUGCUUAAAUCAGUUUUUCAAGGUCCAUCAUGUGACGUAAACUUCUCCUCCCACAAAACCCAGCCAAUUACGUCAGAGAUUUGUUUUGUUAGUAACUCUGAAUGGUCUGUACUCUAUAUGCUUUAAGAAUCAUCCCCAAACUUAAAGUAGAAUUUAAACAUUUAUCUUUUAAUUUUUUUUUUUUUUCAAUGUUUCAGGCCUCUAAAACUAUUAUAUCAGAUAUUAUUGUAUAUGCUCUAUGAUGCACAUAUACUGUAUGUAAAUGUUACAUUGCAUAUGGAUGUAAAUAUGAAUCAUGAUCUAUUCUUUCAUCUACAUGAAAAUGAAGAGUAUGUUGUAAGGUUUCUGUGGUCUGAAACUACUUCCUAAUUCACCCAUUGUGUAAGACUCAUUCUGUGUGUUUUCUCUCUGUAAUGGAGUUGUUCCUCAUAGUUUUUCUACUCUUUGUGGAGGUUCAGUCUUACAGUAAGUGAUCUCUGCUGUUUAUUUUCUUCUUAAAUAAUGUCCACAUUUAUAGGUAAAGUUUUAUUGUCUAAAAUAUUUCAGCAUGUCUGUUUGUUAUGUGUAAAGUUUUAAUAGAACUGAUAAUAGAAACACAUGAACUACCACCUGGCAUAUUCAUUUUACUAUAGAGACUAUUACUGUAGUAAGCCAGAUUUAUUUUUAUUUUAUCAUAUUGCAUGACAAAGGAUAAAAAUUAAACACAGUAGUGUGUAGCAGACAGUAAAAAAGGCUAAAAAGACAAUAAAUAUGGACAAUAAAUACUGACAAUAAUACUACAAGGGACACACUAAAAACACAAGUGACAGUUAAAUAAGUAGGUAUUAUACAGUAUACAGAAAGUGUAGCGGCAGUGCGAUAUGACUGAUUUGUAAGUGAAUAAAUACUUGUACAGUAAUUACUAAUAUUAAGUAAAUAAUAAUACAUUAAGUAUUGCACAUACGGUCUGUAAUAGAAAAUUAUGAGGCCAUUGUUAAAUUUUUUGUUAGUAGGUCGGUCGUGGUCUGUAGUGCACUAUUAAAAUGAUGAUGGUCACAGUCCAAAGUCCUUUCAGUGGCACUAAAAAGCAUUUUUCAGUUUUCUCUGAAAUAAAUAAACCUAACUGUGCCAACAUUUUGUUAUGCUGGUCCAUGCACAUAUCACAAGAAUGACGCUAAGGUUAUUGCUCAAUCACUUUUAAAAAUAAUGUACCAUCUACACUAAACCUGACUCUAACCUGACAGAUAGUUUUAAAGAAAGAAAAGUGAGAUGAAUUUGUAUGUACAGAUCCAGUUUUUUGAGAGUUUUGCAAAAAUGUAGAAAAAAAGGUAACACUUUAUUUUAAGGUCUCCUUGAUACACGUUAAAUGUACUUACUAUUAUAAUAACAAUAAAUUAUGCAUAAUUACAUGCAAGU